AUGACUACCAUGGAGCGCGUCGAGGCGCCGGUGACGGCCAAGGCCUACAUGGCCUGUGCCUUCGCUGCCUUUGGUGGCAUCUUCUUCGGCUUCGAUUCUGGUUACAUUUCCGGUGUCCUGGCCAUGCCGUAUGUCAUUGACAACUUUGCGCCUCCGGGCGCGACCGAGAUCCCCGAGUGGAUGUCGUCGCUUGUCACGUCGAUUCUUUCAGCGGGCACCUUCUUCGGUGCUCUGGCGGCGGGUGACCUCGCCGACUUCUAUGGUCGUCGGACGACCAUUAUCGCGGGUUGCGGUGUCUUCAUCAUCGGUAUCAUCCUCCAGGUCGCGUCUACCGGCUACAAGCUCCUCGUUGCCGGUCGUGCCAUCGCCGGCAUUGGUGUCGGUUUCGUCUCGGCCAUUAUCAUUCUCUACAUGUCGGAGAUUGCGCCCCGCAAGAUCCGUGGUGCCCUCGUCUCGGGAUACCAGUUCUGCAUCACCAUCGGCCUCCUCCUUGCCUCGUGCGUGUGCUACGCCACGCAGAAUCGCCAGGACUCGGGCUCGUACCGCAUCCCCAUCGCCAUCCAAUUUGCAUGGGCUAUGAUCCUCGCCGGCGGUCUCUUCAUGCUCCCCGAGUCGCCCCGUUUCUUCGUCAAGCGCGGUCGCACUGACCGUGCGGCGCUCGCCCUCUCGCGCAUCCGUGGCCAGCCCGCUGACUCCCCCUACAUCCAGGACGAGCUCUCCGAGAUUAUCGCCAACUUUGAGCACGAGGAGUCGCUUAUCACCGACCACAGCUACUUUGGCUCGUGGGCUGCUUGCUUCAGCGGUGGCCUCCGUCGCCCCAACUCGAACCUCCGCCUCACCAUCCUUGGCACUUCGCUCCAGAUGAUGCAGCAGUGGACUGGUAUCAACUUCAUCUUCUACUUUGGCACCGUCUUCUUCAAGCGCCUUGGCACAAUCCAGAACCCGUUCCUCAUCUCCCUCGUCACCACGCUCGUCAACGUAUGCUCGACCCCCAUCUCGUUCUACACCAUUGAGCGCUUCGGUCGUCGCCCCCUCCUCGUCUGGGGUGCUCUCGGAAUGUUGGUCUGCGAGUUCAUUGUUGGCAUCAUCGGUACCGCAAGACCCCACGACCUCACGGUCGCAAAGGUCCAGAUUGCAUUCAUUUGCAUCUACAUCUUUUUCUUCGCGUCGACCUGGGGCCCUGGUGCUUGGGUCGUCAUCGGUGAGAUCUUCCCCAUCUCCAUCCGUUCGCGGGGUGUUGCGCUCUCGACCGCCUCCAACUGGCUCUGGAACUGCAUCAUCGCCGUCAUCACCCCCUACAUGGUCGGUGAGCAGCGUGGCAACCUCGGCUCAAAGGUCUUCUUCGUGUGGGGAGGGCUUUGCACUUGCGCUUUUGUCUAUGCCUACUUCCUCGUGUGGGAGACCAAGGGUCUCACGCUCGAGCAGGUUGACCAAAUGAUGGAGGAGUGCGGCACGCCUCGCAAGUCUCCUGGCUGGCAGCCCACUACAACGUACCGCCAGCAGUCGAUCUCGGCCGAGGUCGAGAAGGGCAAGCGUCAGAACGAGCUGCAGAACGAGCACUCGGACCUCGGUGCCACAAACGUUUAA